AGAAGGGCCUCAGUCAGAGUUAACUGGCAGCUCAUCAUCACUUUCUGAAGCUGGAGAAAUGGAGCUUGAAAAAUUAUACGAUCUCAAGAAGAAAGCAAUGAGCAGCAUGACUGAGGCGCCCUUCAUCUUAAAGAGAUUGAAUGACUGCCUUGCAAGAAUCAACAAACUAGAACAGAAUAAUGUAGACAUACAUUCUCCUUUCAAGAGGAGAAAGAAAUAGUAAUUUUUGCUGCAAAGCUUAAUUUUUGGAUUGCUGGAGCAUGUGGCUUUAACUGUCUGUGUAAACAAUGGCUGCUUAAAAAAAAAAAAAAAAAACUUAAGAUAAUUGUUUCUUGUGCAGAAUUGUUUGUUGCACCUACAAAUGUUUCUCUUUUUUGCUGAGAUUUUAGCAGAAUUAGAGUUGGUGUAUAAUGUUAAGCAGUCACGAUUGAAUUGCAUUAUCAAUCUAUUUUUUGUAAUAUGAUGAGCAAG